CCUUUUCUUCCUUCCCAAAACCGUCAUGUUCGCUUCACCUAAUCUCUCUCUCUCUUAGUGCUCUAAAUUUAGUUUCCUGUCUCCCUUGAAAAACCAGAAUUAAGAGAGAGAAAAACAGAGAUAAGCAAUCAUGUCAUGGCUAUGUAAGAAAUCAAACCCACCAUUCUUCAUUGUCCUUCUGGUACCCACUCUGUUUCUCUUAGCUUCUUCAAUACCCACCACUGCCUUUACUGAUCUUCAUACUCGGCAUCCAGUGCUUUUUGGUUACCGGAGCGGGUAUCGAAUAGUGGUUCCAUGGGAGACAAGGAGGCAUCUUCUUGCUGAUGGAAAUGCUGAUAACUCCUCUCUGAUACUGGCAGAGAAGAGAACAGACCGGAAAGAUCCAUUAAAUGACUUUAAGCACUACACUGGUGGCUGGAACAUCAGCAAUGAACAUUAUUGGGCGUCUGUGGGUUUUACUGCUGCACCCUUCUUUGUUAUUGCUGGAAUCUGGUUUGUGCUCUUUGGGCUGGUCUUGUUCAUUGUUUGUCUACACCAUUGCUGUUGUCCAAGGGAGCCUUAUGGCUAUUCUCGAACAUGCUACGCUCUCUCCCUUAUUUUCCUCAUAGUGUUCACCGUUGCUGCAAUUGCUGGAUGUGUCGUUCUCUACACUGGUCAAGCAAAGUUUCACCAUAAUACUUCAAAGACACUAGACUAUGUCGUGAAUCAGGCGGAUGAUACUGUCUACAAACUCAGGAAUGUGUCAGAUUAUCUUGCCAUGGCUAAGAAGAUUGGUGUGGAUGCAAUGUUUUUGCCAGCCAAUAUCCAGAAUGAAAUUGACACUGUGCAAACAAAGAUAAAAUCUUCUGCUUCGACUCUAGAUGAUAAAGCCCAGAAGAACUCUAAAAGAAUUCAAGAUGUCUUGGACUACAUAAGACUCUCCCUUAUUAUUCUUGCUGGUAUAAUGCUUGUUUUGGCAUUUGUUGGAUUUUUAUUCUCCAUUCUUGGAUUGCAGACUCUGGUGUAUAUUCUGGUGAUAGUCGGGUGGAUCCUAGUUGCAGGCACAUUUAUACUAUGUGGUGUAUUUCUGCUUCUCCACAAUGUGGUUGCUGAUACUUGUCUUGCAAUGGAUGAGUGGCUCCAAAACCCCACUUUGCACACAGCUUUAGAUGAUAUCCUUCCAUGUGUGGAUAACGCUACUGCCCAAGAAACCUUAAUCCGAACCAAGGAUGUAACAUACAACCUUGUCAAUGUGGUUGACACCAUCAUAACCAAUGUCACCAAUGUGAAUUUCCCACCCCAGGCUGGACCAGUGUAUUUCAAUCAAUCUGGUCCUCGGAUGCCUACUCUCUGCAAUCCGUUCAAUUCUGAUCUUACCAAUCGACAUUGUGCACCUGGUGAAGUGGGACUAGACAAUGCAACCGAGGCCUGGAAGGGUUAUGUUUGCCAGGUUUCAGGAUCGGGGAUUUGUAGCACACCUGGCCGAUUGACCCCCUCCUUCUACAGCCAGAUGACAGCUGCAGUAAAUGUGAGCUAUGGUCUGUAUCGUUAUGGUCCAUUCUUGGUCGACCUGGAAGACUGCACAUUUGUGCGGCAGGCAUUCACAGACAUCAGCAGAGAUUACUGUCCUGGAAUGCGACGAUACACGGAAUGGGUAUACGUUGGUUUAGUACUAGUAGCUGCUUCUGUGAUGCUGUCAUUGAUCUUCUGGGUAAUCUAUGCUCGAGAGCGAAGGCAUCGCGUGUAUACUAAACGGUUAAAUGCAAGAGCCAUGGAAGAGGAAGACAAGGGCGCGUAACGAUCUCUUGGGGAAAUCGCUAGGCUAUUCAUUUCCUUGUAUACUGUAUUCUUAGAUUGUUCGUUAUUAGCUUAGCCAGUGCUGUCGUCGUAGAUUGUAUGAUAAUCAAUGACAGUACGUACAGUAGCUUCUUUAUAUGCCUACUUUUACGAUUAUGGAUAUUGAAGUGGAAUGCGGUUUGCAGUCAUUGGGACUUUUUAAGAUUCAUCUGCAGGAUGUUAAAUG